AUGAUCCAGGAUGACAAAAAGAAUAAACAGGUCUGGGUCAAACAGGUAGAGCCCAAAGUGGACAACAAGUGGUCGUAUGCUGUCUUUUAUAUUGAUAAUAGUCAUAUUGGCGACCGUUAUUUUAUGUCUGAGAAAAUAUCGACUCUAAUCCCGGGUGCAAAAGAUGUGUCCGAAUAUACAGUGGAAGACCUGUUUAAAGACGAGGUGUUUAAGGAUAUGAAAGGAUCUAAUUUGGAGCUGAAGGUGGCCACUGGUGGGGGAUGUCGUAUGGUUAAACUGGUGCCCAAAAAAUAAUUCAUAUACUGUACUUUA